UCUCUUCCCCCCACUGUCUCUAGUUUCACAGUAGUUGUGAUGUUAGCCUGUUUUCUUGGACGCUCCUAGCUCUUCUUCCACCGCUGUGGUAAUUGCCUGAAGCCCCCCCUCAGGAAACCAUGGCCGAUGAGGCCUCGGGAUCCCCCCAGUCGUCCCAGCAUGACGAGGUGCUCCAGCAGCAAGUGGCGGCUCUGGAGCAGGAGAGGGCUGAAUUCAUCAAGCUCAAGCAACAACUGGAGGCUGAAUUCAACCAGAAGCGGGCCAAGUUCAAAGAGCUCUACCUUUCCAAAGAAGAGGAGCUCAAGAGGCAGACAGCAGCGCUGGAGGGAGCCCAGACUGAGCUGAGCUCCGUGCAGGACCAGCUGUCUCAGGCCCAGGCUGAGAUCGAGACCAUUAAAGCGGUGGCCACUGUAUCGGAAAACACCAAACAGGAAGCUAUCGACCAGGUCCGCAGCCAGUGGCAGGAGGAAGUGGCCUCGCUGCAGGCCAUCAUGAAAGACACUGUGUGUGAGUAUGAAGUCCAGUUCCACCAGCGCCUGGACCAGGAGCGAGCCCAGUGGAACCAGUACCGUGAGGCGAUGGAGAGGGAACUGGGCGACCUGAGACGGCGGCUCACUGAGGGUCAGGAGGAGGAGAACCUGGAAAAUGAAAUGAAGAAAGCUCAGGAGGAUGCGGAGAAGCUGCGAUCAGUGGUGAUGCCCAUGGAGCAGGAGAUUGCAGCCCUGAAGGCCAAGCUGACCACAGCUGAGGACAGGGUGAAGGAGCUGGAGGCCUCCAAGGUGAAGGAGCUGAAUCACGUUUUGGAGGCAGAGAAGUCGUGUCGCACGGACCUGGAGAUGUACGUGGCCGUGUUGAACACUCAGAAGUCCGUCCUGCAGGAGGAUGCUGAGAAACUUAGGAAAGAGCUUCAUGAGGUCUGUCACAAGCUGGAGUUGGAGCGGCAACAGCACAACCAGUUAAAGUAUACGUGGCAGCGAGCCAACGACCAGUUCCUGGAGUCCCAGCGCCUUCUCAUGAGGGACAUGCAGAGGAUAGAGAGCGUCCUGUCCUCAGAGCAGCUCCGCCAGGUGGAGGAGAUAAAGAAGAAAGACCAGGAGGAGGAUGAAAAAGAGCGGCUGAGCCAAGUGAAGGACCUGCAGGAGGAGGACGGAGGAGACAACACCGAGCCGCUGGAGGACUUAUUCCUUGGGCUGAGCGUAGAGGAGCCUCAUGCCAACCACAGCGCCCGUGGCUCUAUGCACUCCUUAGACACUGAUGUAGUGACCGGAGGUCCCACAGACCCCUACAAGGACAACCUGCGGAGAGUCCAGUCUACAGACAGUCUUGGUUCCUCACUGUCCGCCCAGCAGGGGCUUGGCGGUCACAACCACAAGGCCAAGUCAGCCAGCAACCUGGACGAGUCGGACUUUGGGCCCCUUGUGGGGGCCGACUGUGGGGUGACAGAUGGUAGUUUCGGUGAGACUUCCUCCGUCAGCUCCAUUAAGCUGACAGCAAGUCACUUCCUGUUGACUAAAGACCAGGAGAAGGCGAUCAAAGCCAUGACGCCUGAGCAGGAGGAGACGGCGUCUCUGCUGUCCAGCAUCUCUAACGCCCCCGACACUGCCUUCCUACCGCCUACAGGGUACCGGCUCGUCAGCGACACCGAGUGGAACCUGCUGCAGCAAGAGGUGAAAAACGCCGGCAGGAAGCUCGGCCGGCGCUGCGAUAUGUGCUCAAACUAUGAGAAGCAGCUGCAGGCCAUUCAAGGCCAGGAGGCUGAGACACGAGACCAGGUGAAGAAGCUGCAGGUCAUGCUCCGUCAGGCCAAUGAUCAGCUGGAGAGGACGAUGACCGAGAAACAAAAUCUGGAAGAUUCGGUCAAAGCAGUGAAUGAGGAAACCACUGCUAAGGUGUCUGCCCUCAUACAGAGGGUCCAGGAGUCGGAAACACUGCUCAGCACACUACAGCAGGCCUUCAGUGACGCUAAAAGGAACACACAGGAGCAAAUGGCGGUGCUGGUAAAGUCGAGGGAGCAGGUGGCCGACGAGCUCAGCCGACUACAAAGAGACAACGAGAGCUUGCAGGGAAAACACAGGCUGCAUGUAGAGCUGCAGCAACAAGAGGACUUCCAGAUGCCCAACACUGUGCAAGAGCUCCAAGGCCUGGUGCUGCGGUUUCGUGAGGACCUGGUGGCUUUGCGGACGUCGGCCGACCACAUGGAGGAGAAGCUGAAAGCAGAGAUCCUGUUUCUGAAGGAGCAGAUUCAGGCUGAACAGUGUCUGAAGGAGAACCUGGAGGACACUCUGCAGCUGGAGAUCGAGGGCUGUAAGGAGGAAAUAGACAUCUUGGAAGCUUCUUUCUCCAGCCUGAAGACGGAGCUGGAGAGAAUAAAAACGGAGAAGGAGCAGCUGCAGAGGAGUCUGGCCGAGAGGACCGAGACACUGGAGAGCAUCCAGGGCCUGAGGAUCACCCUGGAGCAGCAGCUCAGAGAGCUCACUACUGCAAAGAGUGCACUAGAAAGUCAGGUCCUGGAUGAAAGAGACAAAGCCCAGCGGCUGCAGACGGAGCUGGAUGUCAGUGAGCAGGUUCAAAAGGACUUUGUCAAACUUUCUCAGACACUUCAGGUUCAGCUGGAGCGGAUACGACAGGCGGACUCCUUGGAUCGGAUCAAAGUAAUUCUCAAUGACACCAACUUGACUGACAUCAACCAACUUCCAGAGACAUGAUGCCUCUGAAUGAAGACUGGCUUCAGUUUCAUUCCCUUCUUUCUUUAUCACUGACCCAGUAACAUCAUUAUCCCACCCCUUCCUCCUCCCCAUAACCACCUCGGAAGAGUUUGGAAGCACCAGGACAGGGUGUGACACGAGGAGCUCGUGGCCUUUUGCAUACAUUAAAAAGUUUGUGAAGACUCGUUGGACAAAAGAUCGAAGAACACUACUAGAAAAAUGUAAAUAAGUAAAUGUCUGUGGAUGGAGGGAGUGGAAGCCCCUCACCCCGUGGGUCUGUGUCUUGUUUCUACUGUAGAUACGACUGUCUUAGCUCAACCAAAAAAUGGUUUGUUGUCCUCUUGAGGACUUUUCAUCUGCCACCUCUCUUCUCUUUCCAGGUAGAAAUUUCUCCCUGUUUUCACAGCGGUUGAUAAUCGCUUCCUUACUCCACUUGCUUGUUCUUUCCAUGUUUUUUUCUUUUUUUUUCGUACCCCUGUGAUCUUUUUCUGACAUUUCCCCACUGUGUUCUGGUGUUUUAACCCGUGCAACCUGUCACAAAGACACAAUGAAGGAAGGAGAACACUUGCACAUAAAUGAACUGGGAUUAAAAAAAAAGGAAUAUAAAGCAAUGUAAGCAAUACUCUCAUUUCUUUAAUGUCCUCAGCUGCAUUUUGUUUUGGUGUUGCUCUCAGUCUCAACCUUUUCUUUGUUAAACUGUACAAGUACAACAUGGAAACACUGGGCAUGUUGGAAGUUGUGGGUUUUAUUUCUUUUAAAAACACUAGUUGAUCCAGUUUAAGUGAGACGGAAGGACGAGGUGUCAGAAUAAAAACAGUACAUGAAAAAUGGAUUUUAAUGCACCUUUUGCUCCUGUUGAUGUGUUUUCUUUCUGAAUUAGCUUCGGACAGACUUUCCUAAUGUAAUUUUGAAUAUCUUAGUGGGCAACUUUUAGAUUAUAUUGGAAGAGCACAAAAGCCCCCCUAAAGAGAGAAAAGUCUCUGGCUGAAACAUUCAUUGCUACAUGAUCUUCUGUUAUCCGUGAAUUCAUUUGUUUCUGCUCAAUUUCUGUUUGAUACAUGAUGGGGAAAAUAUUUAGAGGACAGGAUAUAGAUCACUGCGGAGGCUUUGAAGCUGUGGAUCAGGAGCAUGUGACCAAAUCAGCCAGUAUGCAGAAAAAUCCGAGAUCUGAUCUUAAUGUGAACUUUGCAUAAGAAAUGCCCAGCUGUGCAAAGGUGAGAGCAUGUGCUUCAGCUUGAUUCAUUCAACUAUUUGAGCUUUUAUUAAAUAUUUAAGUGCAACAUUUGUACUGUUUUCCUGCAGACAGUCUUAAAAUGCCUCCAUCUUUUCCCUCAGAUUUAACUUUGGGAGGGGACCUUUAACCUUUGUUUUCCAAAGUAAGGAAUCUGUCACUCUGGAGCAGGUUAUGACAUGUAGACCUGCCUCUGAUUUCGGUAAACGAGGACUGGUUUUCUUUACAAACUGGGUUCUUUCUGUCCUUUUCUGUGGCUUCUCAUGAUCUCUUUGUCUUUCUCUGAUAAAUCACACAAGAGUCUCAAACCUAAGAACUGCGUUUUCUAACAUCCAUGUUUUAUCCAGGCUGUUUAAACGUGAGAAGCAGCUGUAUGACGUGUUGGACCAGGCUGCUCGUUGGUGGGAUUAAUCAGUGAAAAGAGAGUUGUAUGGAUCGUGAUUCUUCAUCAUUACAUGCAUGUUUUUUUGUUUUCUUUUUCUUGGGGUAUUUAUUGAUAUUUUGAAGUAUUGAUAUGAGUCAAAAUUUGGUCACAAAUGAGAAACAAUUUGAGAAACUGUUUAGGAUAUAAUGUUUUAUUUUGGUUUCCACUCAGUUUUAAGGCUGUAAAAACCAGAAAUGAAUCUUUUUUUUUCCUCUGAGAGAUUUUGACGAGAAUCUCUGAGGCUGGUUGAGUAGAAUAACUUCUCAGAUAAAGGUGGUGGGGGUCUCGUCUCUGCAGUUUGCAUUACAGUUGCAUUGUUUGCUUUCAGGAUGUUUUUUCUGUUUUGUUUUUGUUGCCUGUGUUUCCUGUUUCGUAUGUUUAUACUGUAAAUAUCCUGAGUUGUAUUUAUGCCAGAUUCUUGCAGUGUUUUAUGAAACGGUGUGGGUGUGUGAGCCAGACCAUGAGUUGCACUGAGUGAAACUGAACUUACGAAGCUGCGUUGAAAAUUCGGGACGUUCUUUCUCUAAAGGCCUUAACUGCAUCGGCUUAUUUAAUGUCUACAUCAGUAAUGGUCCGUAUUGAAUCAAUUUCACUUAAUCUUCUAAAGAGACAGUUUGUUGUUGUCAUGCUUGAAAGUUUAUUUUAUUAAUGGAUUUCUUCCCUAAUGCUUUGGAUUGUUUGUUAAAAUGUACGUUAAAUCCCAGAAAUGGUUGGAGAAGAUGACCUAAAAGCUCACACUGUGCUUCCUGCUGCUUAGUUUUUAACAUAAUUAUGAAUUCAUGACAAACUGCACUCAGAUCCUAAAUUUAUUUGUAAAAUAUUGGGUGUAAUUACUUGUUUUAGAGAAGAAUGAUAGGUGGAAAGAUGUUCUUUUUCCUUCUUAAGACACGCUGACUGCCGUCUCUUCAACCUUUGUAACAUCCAUACAUGAAUAUUCACCUCAUCAUUUAAAUUAGUUACGAAUUCAGAAAAAUGUGGACUAGACCUUUUUUAAAUGUUUUCCUAUUUGGGUUUGGUUUACAGCUAAAAACUGGACAGUUUGAGCUGAUGGUAAACAUUUGUAAUUCCACUUUUAUUGAUACCAAUCGAAGCAUCGUGAUCAGACGUCACUUCUGUGUCUGAUGGACUCUAAAGCUAAGAGAAGAGACAAAUGUGUUUCAUAGAAGAUAAUUGUCUUACAAUCUUGGGGGCAUGAUGAUUAGUUGAUGUAAUUUUACUCAUGAAAGAGUGGCAUGAGCAAGAAGCUGGAUGAUGAAUACCAUGACAUUUAAACAGUACUGACUAUAAAGGACUGCUCACUGAA